UUGCGCCUGCGCAGUGCGGGCGCAGGAGGGGGCGGUGGCGCUCGCCCCGGGUCGCCGGAGGUUUCAUUGCAGAGAAACUGUGUCCUCGUUUCUGUAUGAAUGUGCCAAGUUUAUUUCAUUUUACAUUCUUCCUGAGAGAAGUGCGAACACCAUCGUGGAGACCAUGGAUUUUGAGGAAGCAGCAAUUUUCUCUGCCCAGAGUGCCCUUACUUCAGGCAGCAGGAAAGAACAACUCUUUCAAUCUCCUUGGACUAUCUGAGGCAGAAUUAAAAGAACAGUUUGUAAGAGGUGACGGCCCAGGAGGUCAAGCCACAAAUAAGACAAACAACUGUGUUGUCUUGAAGCAUAUUCCAUCUGGGAUUGUAGUAAAGUGUCAUCAAACAAGAUCAGUGGAGCAGAACCGAAAGAUAGCCAGAGAAAUCCUGCAGGAAAAGGUUGACCUCUUCUACAAAGGUGAAGAUAGCGAUGUUUUUAAAGAGAAGAAAGCAUCGGAGAAGAAGAAGCAAGAGAAAAAAAGAAGAGCAAAGGAAAACCUAGAAAGGAAGAAGCAUUUUAAAGAGAUGCAACAAUUGCAUAAGAAAUAAACAUAUGUAAUACUGACUUGCCCUAGUAGGCACCCUCACCGGCUGCCACCAAGUUUUCACCCUCAGCAGUGAAGGGAGAGUGCUUCAAGAACCGAAGCCAUAGCUUGUAUUUUGAAAGCAAUGGAGACUGCUAGCAACCUCUUACUACCGCCUUCUUACAGAGAUCGACCGCAUCCAGACCACACCACGGACAGAAACUCUCCAGCAAUCUGCAGGCCCAUUCCCUUGUCUGUUCAUGAACUUGAGCCUCCUGCAUGAAGGUUAAAUCUUUAUCUGUUGAGAGUUCUUGUUCAUGGAGUAUGAAUCUGAUUAAAGUGACUGUACAUAGUUUUAAUACAAACUGUUAAUGAAAAUAAGCUUUAUUACGUCAAGUAAUAAAUACAUACAAAGAUGCAAAUAACAGUUUUAGUAAUUUAUCCAGAAUUUUCUUUUUUUUUUGGCAAACUUUAAACUGAAAUCUCCAGCCUUAAUGUAGAAAUUAGCUUUCCAGGACCUUGUUAUUAUUUAAUAGGUUUCCCUAUUUUCCAUAUAACUCAUGCACUUUAAAUGGACUUCAAAGCACUAACAGUCAUGCAAAUGUUUAUGCAAAACGAAGAAAAAAGGAAAAAUAAGAGAAGGGGAAGGUUAUUUCUAAGCAGGGUCUAUGCUGUAUGACAAAUUGUGACUUAGCAGACUACUAGGUACAGCAUGCUAUUCUGCAUUUAUUAAAAAAAAAUCCUUAGAGCUUAUGUCAAACUUUGAAAGAUUGACAGUUUGGGGUUAAGUGAAUAUAGUCAAAGGAAAAAAACAGAAUUAAGACUGUGGCUGG